AUGUCGCUCAAUGGAUUGGAUGCGCAGGAUGUCGAGGAGGCAUACAAGAACGCGAUGGCUGAGGCUGGAGGAUGGUUCUUGCUGAAGUAUACUUCCCGCGACUCGGUUGCGCUGCUUGGUCGAGGGAAGGCAGGGGUGCACGAAGCCCGUGUUGCGCUUGCCAAGUACGAGGAAGCCUCGCCACUUUACGGCCUGAUCAUAUAUCGGCGACGAAAGGUUCUUAUCAAGUAUAUUCCAGAUGGCACCUCGAGAUUACUGCAAGAACGAUACUCGCCUUAUGAGACUUUGCUGGAGAUCACGACACCCGAGAGCUUGAACGACACAUCUCUGGCUGCAUCAUUCCCACUCCACACAGCGUCGCCUUCGACAUCUUCGAAUCGUCUGCACGAGAUCAGUGAGGAUGGUGAAGAUCAUGGACCAAGACCAACAACGAAGCAGACCUUUUCUUCAACAGGCUCGAUCUUUGGCACGCAGCGGUACAAGAGUGAAAAGCGGGUUGAUCAGCUCAUGACCGGCCAAACUAAUCGACGUACAACCCCUUCGAUACGAGUAACAGAUGAUCCGACCAGUCUGCCAGCUGCAACGGUACCCACAACUCAGAAAGCCUCGAUCUCACAAUUCCUUGUGCGCGAAGAGUCUGGACAGCGCUCAAUAACUUCGCUCAGCUCUCAGCCUUCGAUCACUUCCAGUGCUGGAUAUGCCAGCUCAGAUGAUUCUAGUAAGACUGUGGAGACUCUGGCCACCACUCAUGAGCCUCAAGCGCUGCGAGCGAACGAGCGUAGCGAUCCAAAUGUGGGGCGUAAUGAUUUUGUGAAUAGAUCGUAUGCUCCUGCUUCGACGUCACGCGACUUACACACCGGUACAGUACCGAACCGCCCUUUAGACAGGCCAAGUGUAAGUGAGCGUCAAGGCAUAAGUGAGGCCACGAAUCGAAAGCUUGAUGAUGACCCUUACGACCUCAGCAAAUUUGACUUCAUGAAACCGAAAGUCAAGCUCGGACCGCGACCCGUUGCUCCUGGCGAACGCAACAAGCGAACGACGGUCUCGGGUACGGCAGCAAUUCCAUCCAACUUUCGACCUGCGCAGAAGAAGUCGGAGCCAAGUCAGCCAGUGUUGCAAACUCCAGCAAAGAUUGCUCCGCAGUACACUCUUCAAGACCUUCCAGCGCCACCACCAAUCCCGAAUCUACCCGAGUAUACACCUCGCCCAGUAUCACGCGGUAGCAUCAAGUCGCUCCCUUCGCACAAAUCAGUCGGGAUGACGAACGACAAGCUGAGACUGAUGAAGGCGGUAGAGCUGCGCAAAAAGCAGUUGCGUAAAUCAAAUCCACAGCCCGCUUCAUUCGUUCCACCUCCCGAUGAAGAAGCUCCCGCAGUGCCUACACUACCCGCUCAGUCACGGGCGCCUAUGGAGACAUAUCAACCCACAGGCAGAACUCAAUAUGCCACCAACCAGGCACUUGCGGCUUUGGAAGAAGCACAACACACGAAGAAGGCGGAUUCCGGUAUUGAAAUGAAGUACAGCCACACUGAUGAGCAACCGGAGGCGAAGCAAGACUUUGAGCCAGCUCCCAACGAAGUCCGACCUGCUACGCCACCGAGACAUGGCGUUGAAGAAGAGCCGCAAAAAGCUGACCAGAUGAAGGCUGUGCACGCAGUGACACGAGCUCUGACACCUCCUGCGUCGCUUGGUGCACCAGGUGAAGCGUUACCAGACCGCAAUGCUGAGGAGGUGCAAAGCGUAUUACAGUCCUCGACACCUUCUGAAGCGGUGAUAGAUGCAGUGUCAAUGCACCAGGAGCCUCGUGCGGAGGACCACACGUUGGAACAAAGUCGUACAGCAGAGAGCACGCAAGACUUCAUGACCGUUCGGCCACCUUCUUCUGAAUACGCUGACACUGUGGUCGCCGAGCCAAUAUUCUCCCUCGACAUGCUCGAUGACGGACCUCAACAUGCUAGUAAUACGCACGAAAUGCCACUACAGCAUACAGAAGCAAACCUUCUUGGAGCGCCCACCACAAACAACUCAUCGAGUAUGGACGUGCCGUCGAUUGUUGUGAAAGCGGGCACUCGACCUGUGACGCCGGCGAGCGAUAAUGCACAGCCUUCUAGGCGCGGGUCUCUAGAAAAUGAUCUGAGCAGUCCGCCCGCCAAUAUGAGCGGCAGCGGGACGCUCGAACCCGCGAACAUGAGCCCUAGACGCAACAACACUGAUCUGGCGCGGAGAAGAAGAGGCAUCGUUGAGCCUCUGCAUCUCACGUCACACGGAGAUGGCGACUUUGCUUCCGACGACGAGCUCAUGGAGGAGCUACAGAGCGCGACCUUUCAAGAUGCGACCACUAUGACGAUGGCUCGAUCUCCACAUGGCCUAUCGUUCCCUAGGCAUCCGAGCGAGUCAACACUAUCCGAGUCUGUGCGGUCCGUGAAGAUCAGACGAUCGUCGUCAAAUCUUCUUGACCCAUUCGAAGCUGGGUCUGAUCGAGCUUCACCUGUCCCGCAGAUUUCGUCUCCAUGGCGGAAACACGCAAGCUCGACGCCUGAGUUGGAGCGUGCUGACCCCCUGCAAGGCUUGAGGCGCAAUGUGUCUACCGGCAUCACGAAGCGUAUCCAGGCCCUGGCCGAAGUGUCGAGUCGAGAAGUCAGCCCCAACCCUCCAGCUCGCUCACCCACUCCAGAGCAGCUGCCGACCACAGCUUGGAGAGAAAGAAAAACGUCUGUACGCAGUCCACCCAGGUCGCGGACGACUUCGAUGCAAAAGCUGGCGCGGCAAAGCAAGAGGCUUAGUGGUAAUAUGAUAUCACGGGAGAACUCUAGUGAGGCAACACCAACUUGGAGCGUUCAGCCGGACCCUACAGGCAAUCGCAACUCUGUAUCCGUAUCGGCCAGGAUCGUCAGAACGAGAUCCGAGACCGAACGUGAGGAGGUGCCUUCCGGUGAUACUCCGCUACAGCCUUCAGAGCUUCACAUCAACCGACAACGGACUUCGCAGCCUCAGGUGAACAAGUCUCUACCGCCUCUAAACACAGAUGCAACGAAUCCGAAUUGGGACCUGACACCAGCCUUUGGACACGAAGCACCACAGGCGCCUGGCCGAGGCUCCUCAGACUACAGGUCCUUACACUCGGCGCACCGUAAGUCUCUAGGUCGAUACAGACAGAAUAUGUCACCUAUGACACCUUCGGCGGAAGACUUCCCGCCCCCUCCAAUGCAAGGGAACAUGCAGAAAGCCGCUUCACGAGCCUCGACUGCGUCCUCGAACGACGAUAAUGCUGCUGCUGCUAGGGACGGCAGCAGGACGAGCCGAUUUUUCAAGCGCAUGAGCAAUUUUGGGGGUAAGGAUAAGAGGCGGAGUGGUGUUCAACAGUUCGGUGGUUCGACGAACGGCGGUGGUGCGGUCGAGUCGCCGCCGACGAGUGCGCCGAGGUCGAAUAGUCAGCAGCAGGAUCGGUCGGAUAUGCCGCCACCAGUUGUGGUUGGAGAUUUAAACGUCCAAUUUCCCGACUCACUACUCUGGAAACGCCGCAUCGUCUCCAUCGACUCAGCAGGGUAUCUCGUCUUCGCCAUCCCGCAAGCCAUGGACAUCCACAAGGGGACUUCGAAGCGUUUCCACCUGAGCGAGCUCAAGCAGCCUUAUGCGCCGGAUCUGGAUCGGCAGGAGCUGCCACAUUCCGUUAUGCUUGAUUUUGGGGAUGGGCAGACGACUUUGCAGGCGGCUUGUGGGGAUGCGAUGACGCAUAGGCAGGUGUUGCAUGUUCUGAGAGGUUACUGGAGGAGUUGGGGUGGGGCCUGA